CUAGCAAGAGAAUCUAUCAACAAUCUUAAUUCCCACCAGAGGGCUACGAGCACCCUUCUUCGUGAGCCAAUCCGCUACUAAAUUACCAUCCGUCCAUCCCUCUAAAUAAACACAUAAUAUUAUUAUUAUGCUUAGAACUUCCUGGCUUACCUGUUAAGAUACAGACAUAGAGAAAGAACGUUGUUGGACCCCGUUGACUUAUCCGUCACUCCGAAAUGCUACCUCAUAUCGUAACUACCACCAACCUGAACCUGUGUUGUUGUUGUAUAACACCCACAACCACUGUCACUGAGUAACCUCCAAUCAUCCAGCGUUGUCUACAAACACCAAAAAACUCCAAACUCCCAACCUUCUUUCCUUGAGUCAACAAGACAUCAUCAUGGAUUGUUUGUACAAGAAUCCUAACCAACCCAUUGAAGCUCGUGUCAAGGACCUUCUUUCUCGCAUGACUCUCCAGGAGAAGAUUGGUCAGAUGACCCAAAUUGAGCGCACAGUUGCUACCCCUUCUAUCCUUAGAGAUCUCUCCAUUGGGAGCAUACUCAGUGCUGGAGGUAGUGCACCUUUUGAAAAUGCAUUGUCGUCAGAUUGGGCUGAUAUGGUGGAUGGAUUUCAAAAAUCAGCUCUAGAAUCGCGAUUGGGGAUACCUCUCAUCUAUGGGAUUGAUGCAGUUCAUGGUAAUAAUAGCGUCUACGGUGCUACCAUAUUUCCUCACAAUGUUGCCCUUGGAGCUACUAGAGAUGCUGAUUUAGUUCGAAGAAUUGGAGCUGCUACGGCACUUGAAGUUAAAGCGAGUGGAAUUCACUAUAAUUUUGCUCCUUGUGUGGCGAUCUGCAAAGAUCCUAGAUGGGGGCGAUGCUAUGAAUGUUACAGUGAAGAUACUGAAAUAGUCAGAAAGAUGACUUCCAUCAUUUCAGGUUUGCAAGGACAGCCACCACAGGGACAUAAACAUGGAUACCCUUUUGUGGCUGGCAGGAAUAAUGUUAUUGCAUGUGCCAAGCAUUUCGUUGGAGAUGGAGGUACUCAUAAGGGUGUGAAUGAAGGAAAUACUAUAUUAUCUUAUGAAGAGUUGGAGAGAAUACACAUGGCGCCUUACUUAGACUGCAUUUCCCAGGGUGUUUCAACCAUUAUGGCAUCUUAUUCUAGCUGGAACGGACGCAGACUCCAUGCUGACCAUUUUCUUUUAACUGAAAUCUUGAAAGAAAAGCUAGGUUUUAAGGGUUUUGUGAUUUCUGACUGGGAGGGACUUGACCGACUUUCAGAACCUCGCGGGUCAAAUUAUCGGUACUGCAUCUCUGUUUCUGUCAAUGCUGGAAUUGACAUGGUGAUGGUGCCUUUAAGACAUGAACUAUUCUUUGAGGACUUGACCUCUCUAGUUGAAUCAGGGGAAGUACCUAUGAGCAGAAUUGAUGAUGCUGUUGAACGAGUUUUGAGAGUAAAGUUCGCUGCUGGUCUUUUUGAAUUUCCUUUAAGUGACAGAUCUUUGUUAGAUACCGUCGGUUGCAAGCAACAUAGAGAUCUAGCACGCGAGGCUGUUCGAAAGUCCUUAGUUCUGUUGAAAAAUGGAAAAGUUACUAGCAAACCUUUUCUUCCAUUGAACAGAAAUGCUAAGAGAAUCCUUGUUGCUGGAACUCACGCUGAUGAUCUCGGAUAUCAAUGCGGAGGUUGGACUAAAACUUGGUUUGGAGGCAGUGGGCGGAUUACAGUUGGGACAACAAUCUUGGAUGCUGUGAAGGCAACUGUGGGGGUUGAAACAGAAGUUAUUUACCAGAAACAUCCAUCAAAAUACAGCUUAGAACGCGAGGAAUUCUCGUUUGCAAUUGUAGUUGUUGGUGAAGUUCCGUAUGCGGAGACACUGGGUGACUGUUCAGAGCUCACAAUCCCCUUCAAUGGAGCUGAUAUUAUAAGCUUAGUUUCUGACAAAGUCCCAACUCUGGUUAUACUGAUAUCUGGAAGGCCUUUAGUCUUAGAGCCAUGGCUUCUGGAAAAGACAGAUGCUCUUGUUGCUGCUUGGUUGCCAGGUACUGAAGGAGAGGGAAUCACAGAUGUUAUCUUUGGCAGUCAUGACUUCCAAGGUCAACUCCCUGUGACUUGGUUCAGAACAGUUGAACAGGUUGAUCAACCAAAUGGAGUUAACUCAUGUGAACCCUUAUUUCCUCUUGGUUUUGGGCUAAAGUACAUGAAUGAGUGAUAAAGAUUCUGAGAAUUUGGAUCCUCUGCAGCUAAAGGUUCUCUGCGUCCCUCUGCAGCAGCAAUACUAUGUUUUUAAGUAUAUGUCGAAAUACAUUUAUUAAUCAUGAAAUAAUCUUAGCCAUUAAAGAUAAAUGGAGGGUUGAGAUUUUGCAGGAGAGGAUCAUUAUUCAGAUUCCAAAGAUAGCCCAAGGACAUAAUAAGCAGUUUGUGAAUAAUAUUUGCCCUCCAUAUCAGAUAAUCACCUGGGUUCAAUUGAGGUAUAAAUUUAUGUGAACCUUAUAUUUAGAAAAACUUAAGGGCUCUCAA